AUGGACCGUGAAACCCUCAUUGAAGAAGCUCCGAUCUAUAUGUCUCAAGACGAAGUUAAAAGAAUGAUAGGGUCUUUUCAAAGCGCUUUACUCCCCCAUCCUUGAUCGAACGAUUGACUGUAAAAAUUCCUAAAAAUUGGGAAAAUUAACCCCCAUCCUUGAUCGAACGAUUUUCAUAUCAUGCAAAUUUUUUAUAUAUAUAAAAAUAUACUAAUUAUCAAAAAGCUUGGAAAGAUAUGCCUAAUGAAGUUGUUAUCAGAGGCUUUGAGGCGACAGGAAGCUACGGAAUCAGCCUGGGCUUAAAAACUCAAUAAUCUAAAAAUAGAGAUUCUUUAAAAUUUUAAAUUUUUAAUUCAAUAAGGAACAAAUUAAAAUUUAUACAGUUUAAAGGGGUGACCAAAAAUCAAAAUAUUCAAAUUGGUAUUCUUAUGAAAUUAAUUCAAUUUUUUGUUGUAAAAAUAAUUAUUAAAUACUCUUAACACUCUUAUUUAAAAUAUUAUAAAAAAAAGAUAUUUUUUUUUAUAUAUAAAAUUCUUUCCCAAAAAAAUUUUUUUUAACCUCUAUCCUUGAUGGAACGAUGGCAAGCCGUUCGAUUAAGGAUGGAGGGAAUUAGCAAUUUUUACACAGGAGCUUGAGCACCUGCAAGCAGAAAGCGACGAACUUAAUAAUAAAAUUCAGUUUGAGGCAACAAGGGAAGUAAUUUUGACAGAAGAGAAUGAAAAAAUGAAUAUAAAAUAUCAGCAAGUGAAAACUGAUAUUGAUUCUUGUAAUGAUCAAAUAAAUAUAGUGGAAACUGCUUUAAAUCGGGGAAAAGACUUAUAGAGGUUUCUCUAUAUAGCGCUGAAAGCGCAGACAUUUUCCCAGGAGCUUUCCAAGUUCGUCGGGCCAAAUCGCUUUUUGGUCCGACCAAGGCAUUGAUUUGGUGCAGCCAACCGAUAAAUUCCGAUCAGAAUUUAUCGGCCUUACAGCGCCAAACAUAGGAAACUUCUAUAGCUGAGAAUGCAGGAAAAGCUGAGGAAUAUAAAAGGCAGGCUAAUCAAUUAUUAGAAAAAGUAAUCGAAAGCUUGGGGAGUAAAGAAGAAAUUGAUGAAUUUUUAAUGAACUUGGAAAGAGAUAUUUGGAGCAUGAGUUCUGAGAAUAACAAAUUGAAAGAGGUUAAUCAGAGAUUAAUGAGUGACAUAGGGGUUGCAAUUGGAGAUGAAAAAAUUAGCCAUCGGUGUAAAAACUGUAAAAAAAUGUUUAUUGCAAAACAGAAUAGGAUUGGAGAAUGUUUUUACCAUCCUGGAAAAUUGAAAUAUUACAGUUGUAAAGGGUGUGGAGAAGACGCCUAUUAUAGCUGCUGUAGCAGGUGUAUUAAAUGUUCGCCUGGAUGCAGAAAUGGCCAGCAUAUUGCUAUAUAA